AGUCCCCCUCCCUUGGAAUGUAUUAGAUGUAAUACAAUAAACAAUGAGUUUUGUGCUAGAAGAACUGGUCUUGAACUCACCCAAAACCGCCCAAGGCAACUGAGUCUUUGUUUUCAAUAGAAGAAGGCAAGGACUUUGGAAAUAAGAUUAAAAGUGUCGAUAUAAUGGUCCUCAUCACGACAACUGAAAAUCUUUGUUUCUCGUUUGUCGCAUGACGAUGUUUCUACGAAAUUCACCAAUAGUGCCACGUAGUGUAACCAUAUGUAUGAAUAUAAGCAUCCAACUUCUACGAACAGGGAUUGCAUCUAGUGGCGUACUACAACUGUAGUCACUACUUCUUGCUCCUAACCACACGAAGGGACCAUCAUGUCGGACGUUCUGUGGACCGGUGACUGCGUGUGCUGCGGCCAGCGCGAGCGGCUGGGCUACAGCCGGCGGCACGAGGGUUUCCACUGUUGCGCGUGCCACGACUACUUUGACAGCAGCUCGCGCAACAGCUCCUUGGCAAGUAGCGGCCGCGCUGUGUCGUCCGACGACUUUUUUGUGUACAGCAUCCGCCCCCCGUUUUCCAGCUUUGCCGACCAGAUCGUGGUCUCGGCGGGCAGCUCGAAACGGCACUGCGGACGCGGGACGGGGGCAAGUCUCUGGAUUUCCGCGGAGCUUCUCAUGGCGCACAUGCUCUGGUUCCUCAAGUUCGAUCACUUCGCAUCAACAACAACCACGGAGGCGGUAAAGAACGUCGAUAAAGGAGGCGCUAAUAGUCUUCUUGGAGGUCGAUCGAGCCUAGGAGGAGGACCAGGUACCAGCACCGCGCUCAUCAGCAACAAAGGCUACGCGGCCAGGAGGGACCUCGUGAGCCGAGCAGUGACGCUGGUGCGCGCGAAACUUCUCCGGGAAGAUCAGGUCGUGAAUAAGAACUGCCACGUUGUGCCGCAGCACUGGAAGCUUGCUGUUAACGACAGAUGUGACUUCCUCGGAGACCACGUGGGUUCUUGUGCUGUUCCGCUGAGCUCCACUAGGAACAGUCAUGCCAGAGGACAAGAACAAAUCGUCGAGCAGCCCCAUCAAGUGGAAGUUGGCGCUGGAGUGCUGGACCACGCGGCCGCGCCUUCAUCUCCCAGCGCCGCAGGAACAACCACUUGCAGUUCCUCCGCGCUUCUUUUGCAGAAGAGCCUGUAUUUGCACCAGCUGACAAGGAUUUUUGACGAUCCUGCCGCGGUGCAGGUCGCAGACAUGAACUCUAUGCCGCCACCGGCGUUAGUAUGUUCUCGGCCAGCACAAGGGGGCAGCACGACCACGAGCACAACAGCACUGGGAUUCGCUGGCGCUGGUGGAACAGUUGCGCGCAGCGAAGGCGAUGGUCCAGCAGCGGGUCGUGCCGCGGAAACCGGUACUAGAACUGGGAAUAACGACCAGAAUGCGCUGUGUCACAUAGACUCCGUCUCCGCCUCCCCGCCGCGUUCACCGGGAGGAAGCAUGAAACGAGCACGGGAUAAUCAUGAACAGGGUGGAGAACCAGAAGCACCCUUGCAGGCCGUGGGUCGUUCGACGUUGGUCGAGGAAAACAAGAAGAAUAUCGACACCGCGCGUAGUGGCACCAGCGCGACAUCAAUCCCCGCGCCUGCGGGAGGAGUGACGCUGGUUCCGGCAACCGCGGCUAACAUCCAACUAGUGGAAGACCGGCACCAGCAGAAUGUCCCCACCCUUGUGCGGCAGGGCCAACAGUUGCUGUCUUCCCCGGUCUCCUUCGUUACCAGCGAGAACGAUGAGGAGGACCUGGAUGUAAUCCAGGACUUUUACAACCAAGAAAACGAGGAGAUGUCGUCGACCACCGCGUCCUGGGUGGACCCAAACGAACAGGAAGACCGCUACCGCUCGCUGUAUGACGACGUUUGCAACUAUGGGAGUGUCAGAAUCGAAAUUGACAAAAUCGAAAAACUUGCGAUGCACAAAAUCGAUGUCAGUUGGAGCCUCAGUUUCCAAGUGGCGCAUGACAAACUUCGGGAGCACCCAAAUCCAGUCUGUCAUGCUGUUUGGGCACAGAAGACUGCUCCUGUCGUGCUACUCUGGCAGCACAUUGCAUACCCCUAAACAGGCUUACAAUCGCUCUCAUUUGCCUGCUCCCCGAUACAGGCCUUCAGUGUCCUACAUUUUACGCAUCACAAACUUUUCGACUUUUUCGGUUUCGAUCCUGACACAUCCAUAGCAACGGCGACAGCAGGCCGCUCGUUUCCUCGAUGCUCUGCGGACCGGACGUGGAGGCGUUUUUUCUGCUCGCCCUGGAGCAACAGAUCGAGGAGAAGCGGAAACUGGAAGCGGAGCUAGCAGAAGCGAACAGAGCAGUUGUAGCAGCACCAGUACCGGGGUCUUGCUCAGUAGGCGCGAGUUCUUUUCCGCCCGUCCCCCCGCCCAUUUCGCAGUCCCUGCCCCCGCGGCAGCAGAGCCGGAUGAGCGGUAAAAUCAAGAAGCGGUUUCGCAUGCGCACCGAUUCGGUCCUUAUGGAGCUCGGGUGCGGCCUCGCGCAGCCGAGCAUCUGCCUGGGGUUGAACAGUUUGGCGAAUUACACCGGAAAUCACCCAGCAGUCGUGAACCCCGACGGCAGCGUGUGCUCCGCCUCCCCGAUGGCGAGCGUUGCUCCUGUAAACCCACUGUUUAACCAAAUUGCGACAAGCGCAGGAACUUCUACUGAUCGUGAUGUGCACGAUAUUGACAGCAGCUGCACGAUGUUGAUGCAACUCGAAGACGGGCGGGGGGCCACAAAAAUUAUGACUGCCUCGUUGGAAGGAGAUGGACGUGGACCAUCAAGAACAGUUUCGGCCGCUGGGGGAGGUGCUGCUUCUGCAUCUAGUACAACUUCAGCUCCUUCUCAUCCGCACCACAAGAGGGCGAGUGUGGAGUUCGACGAGGACAGGGGAGAUUAUGAUCACCAGGAUGAGGACAACUACGCUCAUCUCGGCGUGCUGCUGGACUACAAUGCUACGGACCAGAACGCGGUCGGGGAAACAUCAAGAACGGCGGCCGCAAGAAGCAACAGUACUACACCUGGAAGUAGUAGAACUACCCAGCCAGCCGUGGUUCACCUGGAUGCCUUACAGGCACAGAUGGAGCGCUUACUAGAAGAACAAGCUGCAGGAAAAAGCAGCGGCACUAAUACUCCUGCGACCUCUUCGCACGGGAAAGCGCGAAAAAUCGACGACCACGCCGACAAUUUUCUUGUGCCUGCUGGUGCAGACGGGCCUGCAAAUAUUCCGCCGGCUGAGCUGAAAACACCAAGUAGCAGUAAGAACACCGUACCUAGUAACGAUCAAUCGAGUGACGUUCUUGUGCCAGCUGGAGCUUCGUCAACAAAGCUCAAAGCAGUACAACAUCACCGAUUUCCGCGUAUCGUCGCCACUGAUAUGGGCGUGGUGCUGCCGAUCACGGAGGAAAACGUCGAGUGGAUAUGGGGUGCAAAUAUCGAUCUGGGUCUGGAAGAUCUGUGAUGUGCGAUCUGAAGGAUAUUAACCUUGACAAGGUCAAGGUUAGGACUGACCGACUUUUCUGUCAUUCUGAAUGAAGCCAGUUCGUGAUGCGUUUUGCUUUUGCGAAUGAACAAUCUGCAUUCAAUGAAUAAGGAUAAGCAUAAGCUGCAUCGUAAAAUGUUUGAGGUUGUUUCUUCUACGGGUGCGAGGUUAUGCAAAAAUGCAAGCGGGUGCGACUACGCGAGUAUCAAUCAGCGACAGAAAUUUCCCGACCGAGAUCUUCGAUAUUUGCAGUGCAUAGCGGAACUUUCGCUACCACGUGCUCAAGGAACCCGUCCGGUUUGCGAAGCCGCAAAACCAGUUCAACACCAACAUCGGGUUUCUGGAACGCGAAUACCGCGACUCCGAGGCCGACAAUGUGUCCAUGAUUGGUGCGGGUAGUUCCCAAAACUUGGUCAAUAUGGGCUUGAUGGCAGGCGGAGCAGCAGGAGCACUACCAGUGCCGACAAAUUACAACUUGUCAUCCACUUCCCGCGGCAACAUGAAUGUAGUCGCGCGCGGCGGUACCAGAAGUGCUGGAACAAGUGGAGCUACUUCUAGUACAACUACUUCAUCUGGGGCACCGAGAACAACUAUCCCUGGCACAACCAGCCUGUUUCUGCAAGAACACCCAUCUACUUCAAGUGCUGCAGCGAGAAACACUCCACAAGUCGACGGCUCUCCGAUGGAAGUGGAUGCGGCGUCGGUUGAGCCCCCGCCGAUUUUUUCUGGGUCGUCCUCCUCCCGAACCACCGCGAAUGGGGAACAACCACAACAAGACGCGGAAGCCAGCAGGUGCCUGAAUCUUCACCAAAGUAACGGCGGGGGUCCGCAGAGCAACAGCAAGCUGGACCGCGCGCCUUCUUGGACCCUGCCCCAGGGACCACCGCCCCAGGCCGCUCAAAUCGUGCAGCCUGGUGGUACUAGUCUUUUCGGUGGAGGUUCUGCAGGUGCUGCUGGCCCGACACAUGGUACCAACGUGAAUCUUCUAGAAGGCGGGAUUUCGAGCAGCAAAGCUCCUCUUGGUCGUGGCCAUGGAAUGCAUCUACCGCACAACAACCCAAUGUCAAGCGGGAGCGAGGUCAACCAUAGUGGUACCAUGCCAAAUAGAACGAACGUCGGCGCCACAUCGUCGUAUCCCCCCGCAAGCCAGAAUCAUCUUCAGCCGCCGUCGUUGCAGCGCGGCCGCAACGUGAUGCGCACGCCGCAAGACCAUAUCAGUCAAACCGCUGCGCGGCAGUCGCCCUUUGGCGGGGGUCCGUUUCCCACGUCCACCUAUCCGCGCGCGGGGAAGCGGUCGGCCGAGAACCUGGCCAGUCUGGCUAUGGAUUGCAAAAGUAUCGCACUAAGGUAAAUAAAAUUGCAUCAUUAGAGCACGACAAAUGAAGUUCGUUAUCGUUACGACGGUGAAUAAUUGCCGCUGAAAUCAGUUUAAGUUUUGUCAUGAUCGAUAGAUUGCAAUUCCUAGCAGGAGUGCGAUACAACUUUUGCACAGGAUGCUGGCAGAGCAGAAACCAAACUACAGCUUCUCGGCUAAGGACCAGCAGGAAUUGCGGGCGCUGGACGUGGCCCAGGUCCGGCAGCUGCAGUGGGGGGAAAAGGAGCAAACCUUGAACCUGAUCCAGGAGUUUGGGCAGCCCGACUUUUUGAUUGGCUCGAGCCUCUGCUACGACGAGGACUUUUCGGUCUCGUUGCUCGAAACCUUCCUGCAGCUCGCAAAGCCCGCGGUGUUUUGGGAUAUCCACACGAAAACCACCAUCCCCAUCCAAUUUGUCAUGCAAAACAUGUAUAAAAUCCGUAAAAUCCUGUGUUUGUCAUGCAUAAGAUGGAUGGGGGAGGUUUUUUUUUCCUGGAUAUGGGAGCCCGAGGAGCUAUUGUUCCUGCGAAAAAAGGUGUUGCAAGACCUCGCGGCAAGUUCUCCGUCGACCAGGAAUUCUAGUUCGUUUUUCCCGUCGUCGCGUGGUAGUACAAGGCGUGAGUCAACAAGUACUUCUCAAAAUAAAUCCUCUCCGACGACGCUGACAACGAGCUUGCUGUCCCACGCGACCCGCGAUGUGCUGCUCCAUGAACUCACGGAGGAUGAGCUGCAGCGGCAAAUCUCGGACAACCGGAAAAAGUUCGCCGCCGCCACGGCACCGCCCUUUGGAGGGGUCGUGCUUAGUAGUACGUCGGAGAUCAUGAGUAGCUUUCUGCCCACGAUGAACGAGGUACGAGUGAACGAGGACAACUCGGAUUUGAGUGGCACAACGAGGUACCUCCGGUCGGGCACGAUUCUGGUGCUGGCGCUGGAGCAGAGGGAUCGAGAUCUGGACAACUUUUUGAAGUACGCGACCGAGUACGUGGAAGCGGGCAAGUUGGUGAUGAAGUUGGUGAAAACCCUGCGCGGCACACACGCGUACGCCAGCCCGACGAAAAUCUACGAGUGCUACGUGCCCAUCCAGGUGACCGAAGAGCAGAGCGCCCUGGACGCGGUCGUCGGGGGCGGCAACAGGGCGGCUGCAGGUGCUGCUGGUGGAGUUACAACUCCAGUCUUUGCACCGGCGAGCUUAGCCGGGAUCAACUACGGACGAGGUGCGGGGGCUAGUGGUGCAGCCACCUCCGCUAAUAGCUAGUGGAGCUUGAAAAUCGACAGGCGAGCCGGGAGUUCUGCAAAAUAAAUUUCGGUGGGUUUAGUAUGUUCAUGAAGCUUCUAGAAAGUUUAAGUUCAUUUUCAUACCGCAGCCGAAGUAGAAGUACUGACGAACUGCCAACAUUACAUUGAUAACGAUGUCCUCGAUGCUUAGCAUGUUGCUUCACGACCACGAGGACCGCCACCAUUGAAAACCAUUUCUUGCUCCGCUAAGAACUGAAUUCCGACUUCUAAAAUCGAGCCGAAACUACAUGGUGCGCAAGUCUCCACCAAGUAGCUAGCAGAGUGACGGUGAAAGACCCUCUAACCCACAUCCACAAACUACGUUCUAACUGUAGGCUGAUGUACAUUAUACUGUAAGUGUAAAUAAUAAAGACGCUUUUCAUCACAUCAUGUUCAUGUUCAUGGUCAUGUUUUCGAGGGGAAGUGACGAGGGCGAGCACAACGUGGACCCGAAGAACGUCUGUCAUGAAAUAUCGCAGGAUGGUGUGGUGUCGUCACCACGUCCGUCUUCCCAGCAUCGUUUCGCGAUCUGUAUACGCGCCGCCGAAUCUGAUUGAGAUUGACAAAAUUGCUUUCUGGGCCGGAUGCUUCUUUCUCUUUUUUUGCUCGUACUAUCUUUGUGUAUCAUUCAAGUUUCUUCGUAGAGUUUAGACAGGCCGUUGCGUGGUGCCGGUGCGUCUGCGUGCAGCAGCUACCUUGCACAUGAUCAAUGCAUUGCGUGGAGGUUGUUUGUUUGUGUCGUAGUUGUUCUGUUCCUGGUGUGGUAUUGGCAAUGGCGGACGGAGUUCCUGUGAGUGUGAGCGGCCAGAGUCCCCUACUUCAAGCUUGCCUCCCCUACCACGAGUGUAUACCACCCAGUUCAAAAGCGGCGCACUGCACAUAUUACCACAAAACGUAACAUUGCCUGUCCGAGAGUAAAGCAAAGUGCAUACGUACCUACAGAUAUAACGUGACUGGCGCUUCACCUUCAGAUUCAGCGCCCACAUUUUCGUUGUGUGAUGGGAUCAUCCACAAGAGUGCUCUGCUUGAGACAAAAA